AUGGCCGCCGCCGCGAUGCUCGCCCGGGCCUGCGGGCCGGUGCGCUGGGCUCUCCGCCGGCAGUUACACACCGUGUACCAGUCCGUGGAGCUGCCCGAGACGCACCAGAUGCUGCGCCAGACGUGCCGGGACUUUGCCGAGAAGGAGCUGUUCCCCAUCGCGGCCGAGAUCGACAAGGAGCACCGCUUCCCGGCGGCUCAGCAAACCCCUGGACAUGGGCCGCAUCGGCAUCGCCUCCCAGGCCCUGGGCAUCGCCCAGGCCGCCCUGGACUGCGCCGUGACCUACGCCGAGAACCGCAAGGCCUUCGGGGCGCCCAUCACCAAGCUCCAGGGCAUCCAGUUCAAGCUGGCGGACAUGGCCCUGGCCCUGGAGAGUGCCCGGCUGCUGACCUGGCGCGCUGCCAUGCUCAAGGACAACAAGAAGCCCUUCACCAAGGAGGCGGCGAUGGCCAAGCUGGCUGCGUCGGAGGCCGCGACCGCCAUCAGCCACCAGGCCAUUCAGAUCCUGGGCGGCAUGGGCUACGUGACGGAGAUGCCCGCCGAGCGGCACUACCGCGACGCCCGCAUCACCGAGAUCUACGAGGGCACCAGCGAGAUCCAGAGGCUGGUCAUCGCCGGGCACCUGCUCAAGAGCUACCGGAGCUGA